ACCACCGUACCCGUAUACAACUCGCAUAGUGCUAUUUCUAUCCCUAAGCGCUGGUAGGCCAUUCGCCCGCUACCCACACGACACACGGCCACGGCCAGCCAAGAAACAUUACACCGUCCUCAGCUACCGCUUGCACUACCCUUUUUACUAUUGAAAAGUACUUUUGUGCUGUCGUUCUCGUUCUGUCUUGCCUGGUUAUCUUAUAAUACCUACUUUCUUUAAGGCCUUUUUUCUCAAUCGUACAUACAUCUUUCUACUCAAAUUUAGAACUAUCAAAAUGCAGCCCAAAAGCUUGUUCAUCAUAUUAUCGGCCCUAGCUCUCACCUCCGCUUCCCCUUUACGGCGUAGAUGUGGUAGUAGUGUUAGCAACAGCACUAUCCCGACCCCUACCGACCCUGCUCCUGCACCCCCAGUAGCAGUUGUCCCUACUUUGCCCACCACCGGUUCUGGUACCCAGCUCGCCGGUCCCGACGCCGCUAUACUGAAGCACAUCCUCGUUGGCCACGGAAUUCAGAACUACACAUGCAGCGCAGAAGGGGCCACAGCCGCAUCUUUUGGUGCUCUAGCAGUAGUAUGGGAGAUCACAAACCUGUACCCCGGAGCCUCCCCGUCUUCUCUCUCCACAGAUGAUUUCGAUGCCUUCGCUUCUACGGUACUGCGCAAGACAGAUAUGCCAGUUAACUUGGCGGCUGAAGGAGGCUCUCCAUUUCCGGCACCUGCGGACCUGACAGUAGAGGGUAUACCUAGUCCUCUAAAGUUCCUAGGACAUCAUUUCUUCGAUGCGACGAACACCCCCACGUUUGAUCUAUCGGGUGCAGGCGAUGGUGAACUGUUCAAGGGGAAAAAGGACGCGGGGGUACCAGCACCAAGCGACGCUGAUAAGGGCGCCGACCCGGCCACCGGCGCCGUAGACUGGCUACGUCUAAGCGAUAAGGGAACGAGCACCGGCGUAAGCCUUGUGUAUCGUGUACUCACUGCCGGUGGAAACCCCGAGCCAUGUAGCGGUGCCGGUCAGACGCAGAGCAUACCGUACGCUGCGCAAUACUGGAUCUACGAAAAUUGAGCGUACCU